AUGGACGUCAAGCCAACGCUCAAUAGAGCUUACAUUGAAAAUAACGAUGACGCUUUGAAAGUAGUAGAAUGUGUUUUGAACGGAGAUCUCCAUUCUGUGUCUCGAAGACCAUACGAAAUUGAAAGACCGAAGCUUAUUUGUUCGGGCAAUAUUUUUGUUUUCAUCGAGGAAAAAUCCGGUAUUAAACGAUGGACUGACGGGAUCCCCUGGUCUCCGUCAAGGGUUGUUGGUAAGUUUUUGGUGUAUAAAGAGUUGUUCAGAUCGAAUAGCGGUGGUGGUGGCGGUAGUGCGAAGCAGCAGUCACGUGAUUCUACGAAUUAUUCCAAUACAGGUAGUACCGGCGAUGCCUGCAUCGCCGGUACUGCGACAUACAGUUACAGAUCGGAUGGGUUGAUCAAGAAAGCCUUUUCGCUUCGAGUUAAAUCGAACGUGGAUGAGCUAGAUCCGACGCAGGAUCCUCGUGAUCGACAUCUUUUCACUAUCCAUAUCAUCUCGUACUAUACGCUGGAUGAUAUCACGAACGGAGUUCUCGUCACACCAAGUGAAAUGGUACGAUUCCAGAAAGUGGUUCCGUCGCAACGGUUGUUGGAUGCGUUGGAACAUACGAGUAUCGGGAACUUCAAGACUAUCGGAUCGGUGAAAUCGAAAAAGAAGAAGAAACCGUACCAUCAACACCAGCAGCAUGAAUAUGAGGUUCAAGUUCCGGGGCUAGCCGCUCCUAGCAUUCCUUCUUUCAAGCAGAUGCCUCAGCACAUGCCUCAGCAGGUACCUUCGCAGAUGUUUGUACCUCCGCAAAGGAUUAUCCAACCGUCGAUAUUCCCACCGCCUCCACCUGGCCCUCCAGGCCAGUCACCAGCGUUCCCUCCUUACUACCAACAAAUGUAUCAGCAGGGAACACAAGCUCAACUGCCGCAGUACCCUUACAACUAUACUUCCGUAUAUCACCAGGAAAUGUACCCGAAAGUUUCAGCAGAUCCUGGAAUCAGCCACAACAGUAACACUUUGAAUAAACUACCGUUUACACACCAUCUCCCACCGUUAUCUAUGCCGCAGCAACCGAUCAGCCGUAGCUUGCCACCAAUUUCCGCAACUCAACCGCCGCAGUUGAGACAACUGCAACAACAUACCACCGAUAAAACUAGCAACGUUUCACCAACUCAACCAAUGGCUUAUUUACCCGUGCCUCCACCACCACCACCACUUUCAGCAUCAUCGAACGUUACCACCCCUGGUGGAUCCUUCACAAAUAACAUGAUCAUGAAUAUGAACUUCAAUCCCAUGUACAGCGGUAGAGCUGCAGGCGGAGGCAGAGGCAGUAUAACAUCGCAAUCCGGCCAGUCAAUGAACCCUGGAGGAUCCACGUCCAGCUCAUCGCUCAACCUUAGUCCUGUCUCGAACAGCAUCGGAUCCGACUCAUCGAAAAGUUCCCUGACUGGAACUGCCAUUGACCCAACUACCGCUGGUAACACUACUACUACUAAUCUCACACCAGCAUUCAAGGUAGGCUAA